ACACACAGCUUUAUUAUAGCUACAGCACCUAUUUUUUUGCUGCUUUUCACACACAGCGCCAAAAUACGACACAAAACUCUCUCUCAGUGCCUGCCAGAGAAUGUGUGAGCACACCCGUGACUGCUCUGCCCUUGACUUGUAUCCAUUCAUCCAAGCGUGCUGGAUGGUUUAGUUAAUUAAGCUUAAUCUACCCCCAGAGAGGGAUACGAGUGCUGUUACAGUGGCCCACUGAGCUGUCCCUGUACACUCUUCUCUGGACCCCCAUGGAGCCAUCGAGGCCGCGCUGCUCAACCAUGUUCAAGUACACCGACAGGGCUCGAGGGAAACAAAUUACUUAUAAUAGUAUUACAGAUGUGGACCCCAGACGAGAAAGUAGGUUGGUGAACUAUUUCACUCACUCAAAUGAUGAAGGGAAAUUGUGUAACUGUGGAAUUUCUGUCACUUUUCAUCUUACAGGAAAGCAAACCAGAGGCACACGGACAGCUAGGUGUUUUACUGAUCUAAAUCAAAUGAAGAAGGUCACUCUGGAGGGAAAUUCUGCUCGGUAAAACUGACUGGACUGGAAUGAAAUAGAAGAAGGAAAUAAAUAUGCUUCUUUUGCAGUGACCGUGGAUUCAAAAUAAAUUUUGCUUGAUCAGUUCUUA